AGGUCCUUUACCUUCGAGGGUCGACAGGGUAACGUAAACGCUAUCUGGGCAUCCGCUUAUUCACACUUACUACACAUAUAUUCUGCAACUCGAGGUCUUUCCUCGCUGUUACGUUUUUGUGAUGCUUCGAGGCUUCCUUCAAUGAAGUAAUUAACAUAAAGUAUAAAGUGAUUUUUUGUGCGUUAGCCGAGUGUCGCGAAGAAGAUCGUCCCCGUUGACUUCGCAGGAAAUAUGGCAGACGAACCGAUGAACGUCGAUAUAGAGAAUCCAGUCGAUGAUGUUCCAGAUAUAAUGGACGAACCGUCGACGGAAGAAUUGGCUGAACUGAAGAAGGAAUCUGCUAAUCACUUUUAUGCAACAAAAGAAUAUAAGAAAGCCUUGGCUAUUUAUAACGAAGUUAUCGAGUUAUGCCCUGACAUUCCACGCUAUUAUGGCAACAGAGCUGCUUGUUACAUGAUGCUUAGCCAAUACAGGGAAGCUCUAGCAGAUGCCAAAAAAUGUAUUGAACUAGACCCAAAAUUCACUAAGGCAUAUUCGAGAAUCAUAAAAUGCUGUCUGAUCCUUGGUGACAUAGUCGAGGCAGAGACCACCCUAACGAAAUUAAAAGAACUAGAACCAGAAAACACCACAAUUGCUACUGAACAAGCUCAACUCGAACACGUACAGAAAUAUAUGAAAGAAGCAGAUGUAGCAUAUGCAAAAAAAGAUUUUCGCAAGGUUGUCUACUGUAUGGAUUGCUGUUGUAGUGUAAGCAAAGCAUGUCCAAGAUUUAAGUUGACGAAAGCAGAAUGUCUGGCCAUUUUGGGCAGAUACCAAGAAGCCAAGGAAAUUGCAAACGAUAUAUUACAUAUGGAUAAACAAAAUGCAGAUGCAAUUUAUGUACGAGGGAUGUGUUUGUAUUAUCAAGAUAACGUUGACAAAGCUUUUACGCAUUUCCAACAAGUACUUCGCCUUGCACCUGACCACAGCAAGGCACUUGACAUAUACAAAAGAGCUAAAUCACUGAAGCAAAAAAAAGAGGAGGGUAAUACCGUUUUUAAAAUGGAACGCUAUCAGGAGGCAUACAAUCUUUAUACAGAAGCACUCAAAAUUGAUCCUCAGAAUUUAAUCACAAAUGCAAAGUUGCACUUUAAUAAGGCUAACGCAGCGGCAAAGUUAGGUAGACUGAACGAGUCAAUAACAGAAUGCACAGCAGCUUUGGGGCUUGAUGAAAAUUAUUUGAAAGCUUUACGUAGAAGAGCUGCCUGUUAUAUGGAACUUCAACAGUACGAAGAGGCUGUCCGUGAUCUUGAGAAAGCCUGUAAAAUGGACAAGAGUCGUGAUAAUCGACGGCUUCUGUUGGAAGCGAAAUCGGCACUGAAGAAAUCCAAAAGAAAAGAUUACUACAAAAUUUUAGGAAUCGACAAGAACGCAUCCAUAGACGACAUAAAGAAAGCUUACAGAAAAAGAGCCAUGGUUCAUCAUCCAGACCGUCAUGCGAAUGCCUCUGAAAGUGAGAGAAAAGAGCAAGAAAAGAAAUUCAAAGAGGUUGGUGAAGCUUACAGCAUCCUGUCUGAUCCCAAGAAACGUUCAAGAUAUGACAAUGGACACGAUUUCGAUGGUGGUGAUAGCGGUAUGAAUGAUAUAGAUCCAAACGCAAUGUUCCAAUCGUACUUCGGACAAUUCGGCGGUGGCGGCGGCGGUUAUCAAUUUCAAACCGGCGGUUUCCCUGGCGGAUUUUCAUUUCAGUUCAGUUAAGUUAAUGUUCGCGAAAAAUUCACGAAGAGAAAGUAGCUUAGCGGAGUGCGUGACAAGAUAUCAAUGCUUCACUCCAUUAUUUAUAUACUUGUACUCCGAUAUCAUAAGUUCGACACUUGGUGAAACUUACAGAAAUAUUUGCAAACUAGUUUACCUAUAGUUUUCUGUGGGACCGUGAAUAUUAAGAAAAAAAUAAUUGUUCUAAUUAACUAUGAUAUAUUUGAAUUCAUACUGUUUAAACAUAUUUAUUCGCUACAUACAUACGCACAUAGCUAAUAGCCUCUAUAACGCAGUCUAAUCUUUUUCGAUGUUAUCUCAAGCAACAAAACAUUUUGUCAAAUUAUCGUGUUUGUCGAAUGGUAAUGAUCCUGCGUUCGAUAAAUUUCACUUGCCAUAAAUAAACAGUAUAUAGGUAUAAUAUAAAGAAUUCAAAAUAGACCUCUGAAAAAUG